CGUCUUGUUUUUCUACCCGCUCGAGGGCGCUCGUCAAAAUGAGCACAGGUUCUGCAUCUGGCUCACGAAGACUACAGGUGUCAUGCUAGAAGUGAUUUUAUAUUAAGAAGCCUGCCAACUCUACUCGUUGAAUAUACAGUAGAUUUCAAUGUAGAUGGAAGAUGGGCGAUGCUGCAGAGAGCAUUCCUGUCGUUGACUUCAGUGCUUACAGGUUAUCCCUGGACAAACCAGACCAAAGCAGCGAUGCUUUCCAGAAGUUGGUGGACAGUGUUCAUCAGGCCUUGACGUCCAUUGGGUUCUUCUAUGUCGUCAAUGCCGAUUUCCCACUAGAGAAGGUUGAACGGAUGUGGCAGGUGUCUAAGGACUUUUUUCAUCUUCCCGCUGAUAUCAAGAACAAGUACCCUCGCAAUCCCAAAGAGAAUCAUGGAUAUGUGCACAUGGAACGAGAAAAGCUUAAUCCUGACCGUCCCCACGGUGACCUCAAAGAAGUGUUCAACUACCACCCCAUGACGGCAGAAGAUAGUAACUGGCCAACUGAGGCAGAGUGUCCAAACUUCAGGUCUGUUCUGGAGGACUUCUGGAAUCCUUGCCUGGUGCUGCAUCACAGAAUCCUGGAGGUCAUGGGUCAUGGCCUACAACUUGAGGACCCCCAGUUGUUUGUGAAGCACCACGCCAAGGCCUUUGAGAACAGCGGCACCACGCUGCGCACCUUGUACUACCCAGCCCUCCAAGACGUGACUGUCAAGGAAGAGCAGGUGCGCUGUGGGGAGCAUUGCGACUACGGUGGCAUCACCUUGCUCUUCCAGGAAACACCAGGAUUGGAGGUACGGACUCGCAAAGGCAACUACAUGAAAGCACAGCUGGUGGAGGAUGGUAUUCUGGUGAAUAUCGGUGACUUGAUGCAGAGAUGGACCGCUGACAAGUACCUGGCUGUGAAACACCGUGUGCUCCUGGACACGACGUCUGAUGCCAGUGUCAAGUCUCGCCAGUCCAUCGCAUUCUUUGGCCACCCAGACUAUGAUGCCCUCAUUGAAUGCACUGAUGGCAGCAACAAGUACCCACCAGUCAACAGCUUGGAUUACAUAAACAUGAGGUUUGGAUUAACUUACUAGUGUCCCGGCCAAUUGGAUGAUUGUGCCAAUGUCAUGUCCAAUGACAAAGGCAUUGUCCAAUUACGUACUGGUACAUAAUAUACAGAAUGGAUAUAGGGCACACAAAAUGUGAGAAAAACAAAGCUCAAUGUACAAACUUCGAUACGGUUGUCUGAGAGGUACGGCUCACUGUCAAACAGUGAUAGGUCAGUUGAUUUAUUUGCUGGAAGGAUCUCCACCAAUUAGGGACCAAUCAAGUGUUUCUUCAAGGUCACAUGAUGAUGCUAAUGGUAUUCUUUAUAUAAACGGAUGCGUGAAAUGUGGCCCCAGGGUUUUUGUUUGCCUUGGGAGGCAAGUCGGAGUAUUCAUUCCAUUUGACCUCAAAGGUGGAAAAAAAAAGAUAGAACUGAUUCUUUAAGAGAACGGUCUUAAACUUUUUUUUUUCUUUUCAACUUCGAGUCUUUAAAGAGUAAGCAAUAAUUCCCUUAUUUAGGGGAGAUUUGGGAGUUUGUUGUUUUUGGUUAGUUUUCUUUCGUUCGUAUACCCUCAUGUACUUUGAGAAUUCAGAUAUCAAGCACUUUUGAUGUUCCAUGCACGAGUAGCUGCCUUGGCAUGUGCAAGUUCCUGACGACACACAUGUAAAUUACCUACCUUGUGCUCAGGAUAAGUAUCUGGGACAACAGUUUGAAAAAGAAAUCAACUGAAUUUUGCUCGGGUUAUUUACCCAGGUGUAAGUGCUGUAUAUGUUGCGAUACAUUCAGUGUUGUAUUGGAGUCCAUCACAGGUCCUUUCGCAAGUCCCUUCACAAGGCCAAUCAUAAGUAUCAGGAGAACAAUGACAAAGGACUG